CUAUCUUGCAUACGCUACGCUACGUUGAGCUACAAAGCUUUCGCACCAUUUAUUCACGCAGAGACGAUCGAAGUAAAGAAUAAAUGCGACUUAUUGUUUAGUGUGGUAUUAAUUUCGGAUAAACAACAUAAAAGAACAUCACAUAACUGGCUGUUGCUUUUGCAUCAUUAAUGGCUAAGAUUCCCUGAUAUCAUUACAAAUGUUUGGGAUCAUAACAACGGCUGUUCAGUUCCAGUUAAUCAUUGCUGGUGUGCGUGGGGCUGUCAGUCCCUGUCUAUGUACGACUCUGGUCUCUGUAUGAAAAAACACAGUUUCAAUACGUCCAAACAUGAAGUGCAUGGUGUCGUUGUUGCUGACGGUGAUGUACGUCGUGUGCUGCCAGCUCCAGGUAACGUCGGGGUCAGAUGUGUUCCUCGUGAAGGCUGUGUCGUCACAGAGAGUGUGUGACCGGCUGUGCGUCUACACGUCACAGUGCGAGGGGUAUCGUUGGGAUGCUGCUAACAGAACUUGUCACCUUCUUUCAACACAACCUUCAUCUACUGACUCCGGCUUCUCAAAACCUGAGCCUCACAAUGGACAAUGUGGACAGCGCCCGUGCGCCCCGACGGAGACGUGUGUUCCUGUUGAAGCAGCAACUAGAUACAUAUGUCUGGAGACGACGUUGCCGACUUCAUCUUCUGCUGCUCCAUCUACGUCAACUACAACUUCUUUGCCUGCUGGGACAACAACCACCAAGACAUCUCCAAGCAUAACUACUACUUCCGUUCCGUCAUCUACAACCACCACCAAAACUACCCCAAGUCCCACAACAUUGACAACAAAGACUGCAUCUCCCGCUACAACUGCUACUCCGUCAACGUCAACUACUUCAGUGCCUGCUGUGUCAUCUGCAAUCUCGUCGACAACUUUCACCUCAGCUACGACUCCCACCUCAACUACCACUGCUACAACUUUCAGCGUAUCCCCGUCGACUGCCACAACUACUACAACCUCUGCAACAACCACCACGACUACGCCAACAACAAUCAGUACCACCCCACCCACAACGUCGAGAACGACACCAGCAUCCUGUGUCUCGGACUGCACUGGUCUGGGCGAUGGGAAAUACCAGUCGUGUGAACGGUGCAACGGCUACGUGGUAUGCACUCAUGGAAACACACACCACAGACCAUGCGGCGCUGGUACACUGUGGAAUGAUAACAGGAAACUCUGCCUGUUUCCUCCGUCACCUACCUGUGUCCUGAAUACCACGUCAGAAAACGCACAAGAGACAACCACGCCUGCAGAGGAGACAACGACUCCGACCACCACAGGUCCUGUAUAUAAAGGUUGCUACCAGGAUGACGAAAAUCGUGUCCUUCCUCACGAGCACAUGCUAAACAUCACAAGCAUGACGACUGACAUGUGUCGAUUUCACUGCACCCAGUAUGAAUACUCCUUCUUUGGACUUGAGGCGGGAACGGAAUGUCACUGCGGUACCAUGAUCAAGAGUGGCUACAGGAAGGUGUCCGACAGCGACUGCAACUAUCCCUGCGCAGGGGACAACACCAAGAUGUGUGGAGGACACUGGAAGAUAUCCAUAUAUCAGGUUGUUUGACGGUUCUGUCUAUGUGCCUCAGAAAUUGAAGGCAAGAGACGGAACUGAGGAACUUUCCGUGAAACAUUUGCAUAAAUGUGCUUGAAGUUGACUUUGCUGAUCGGUUCAUUACAAGAGUUAUAAACUCACGGGGGAAAGAAACGUCACCUCGAUUUUUUUAACAUGUCACAAAACAAUAAACUCACAUAAUGGAAAUUUAACAAUCGUUUGUGGAAAAUUAAUGGAUUUACAGCAUUCUGAAUGAUGAAAGUGUGAACUACAGAUAUAAAUAAUUUUUUACUUUACGAUAAAAGAUAAAAAGAAAUCAUUUUAGUAGCCAUGGUGUGAAACACAUAUGAACAACGUAACAUUAAUACUCAUGACACACACAACCUUAUAAUGACCAGAUACACUUCAAUAUAGUUUGAUUUACACCCUGAUAUUGUUAUGUGUGAAGACAAGAUACGCUCACUCAAUGUUCCGUGACACUGUGUUAAACCCUGAUAUUGUUAUGUGUGAACACAAGAUACCGUCACCCACUCUGCCGUGUGUUACACCCUGACAUUGUUAUGUGUGAACACAAGAUACCGCCACCCACUGUGCAGUGUGUUACACCCUGACAUUGUUAUGUGUGAACACAAGAUACCGUCACCCACUGUGCUGUGUGUUACACACUGACAUUGAUAUGUGUGAACACAAGAUACCGUCACCCACUGUGCCGUGUGCUACAC